AUGUUGUUACCUGUAGUUUCAUUGCGACACCGGGGCAGAAAUGAUGAUAAUGAUGACAAUGAGAAACAGGGAAAGCGUCGGAGACGAGGUAUUAUUGCAAAUUGGCUGAAUAAGGUCCGGUCUCGUCUUUUGUUGGUGCCAAGAGGUGUUCCAUGGCAGCGUUUACUACUGCUGGGAAUGUUGGGAAUGUUGAUGAUUGGUGGCGCGAUGCUCCUGGUGUUAGAGGUGACGGGUCAAAUGAGAUUUCGCGGAUACUUUGUAUCGCAACGAGGUCACAAUGGACAGCUGGGCUUUUAUCACGAAAUGGACGUCGACAUGAAGGUACUAAAGGACACAACAGGAAGACCAGAGGGGAAGAUAUUCCCGGCAUCGGCGUCAAACCUGACAGAGAUUAAAGCAUGGGUGGCUGAACGUAGACAACGCACCAAUGGACGCAAGUUUCUCGUAGGCUGCACGUCGCAUUGGAAGGGCUACGUCUUGCGCUCAUUCCUUUCGCUCUUUGAGGAGCUCAAGACAGAGCAUGGGUGGGAGGAACUCGAUACGUCCAAGAACCCGAUGAAGGUAAUGAUGUUCCAGAUCGACCAGACACGAGCUCCAAGUGUCAUGCUUUUCUGCUUGAAUUCGUUUCACUACCCAAUGGCGCUACUGCAACAGUACAGUGCGUACUUCCAAGAGCUACGUGCACUGGGCACGAUCAUGGCGGUAUGGAACGACGACUUGCACUACUACGAUCAGUUUAAUCCCAUUGUACUGCGUGACGAGAUUCUGACCAAGGUGGAUGUUUUACUGGGUACGUACACGUACUUUAUGGAUGACUAUUUUGCCAAGGUUACGAAUCUAGUGAACGAACGCGACUUGCCACUGACAGUCUGGUUGCCUCACUCAUCGAGUCCAGACUUUGUGAACGCAUCGUUCAACGAGUACCCGAUCAAUAAGAUUAUUCUUUCAGGCAAACUUGGUUCAAACUGGUACCCACUGCGCCACUGGCUUGGCAUUUACCAGCAGGACCAUCAGGAUAUCAUGGAUGUGUAUCACCACACAGGUUAUUACGUAGCAGCAAACCAAUCCGCCAUCUACGCGUCGUAUCUGCGUUCAUACCGUACGGGUAUCACCACAACGUUAAUUUUCCAGUACGUCAUUGCCAAGAUUUUUGAGAUACCUUCGACGGGGGCGUUACUGGCCGUCAACCGUGACGUUGCACCGUUACUUGCCACAUUGGGGAUGAAUGAUGGCGAGCAUUAUGUGGCUUUUGAUCGGCAGGACCCUGAGAAAAUCAUCAAGUGGGUAAGUGAUCCACGCAAUUGGCCCGAGAUUGACCGGAUCCGUCGUGCUGGAAUGAAACUGUAUCAAAAUCCAUUGACAUUGCACAUUACGAGUCCCUGUCCAUCAAUAGCCAUGCCGGACAAGUCGAGGUGUGAAAGUCGAUUCAAUCGUGAAUCGUUUUAUAAAUGUGACCGCUGGUUUUGUGGCAUGCACUCAAUUUUGCCACACGGGGACUAA